AUGCAUAAAACAUCAGUUAUCUUUUUGAUUUCUCCAGCCUCUGAAGAAACCAACAUUCAAGAUGUUGAAAAGAAUGUCAAAAACAUUAAAAUGGACGGUUUAACUUGGGGUGAAUUCAGAAAGGAACCAUUAGUUGGUAAAUUAGCUCGUCUUAGAGCAUUGGCUGUUGUUGAAAACAAAACAUCAGUUGAUGACUUAGAAAUGAAAAUCAACAAUAUGGAUUUAGUUCAAAGUGUUGAUAUUGAAGCAAUGUCUGAAAUUUAA